UCCUCCGCCGCCGCCUCCUCCGCCUCCGCCUCUCCGCCGGGAAGCGCUCGCGCGGUGCCCGCAGCCCCGCUCCGCCCGGUGCCCAGUCGGAUGCGCUGAUCACUAGGGAGCGGGCAGCAGGGGAGGAAGGAGCCGAGACCGCCGAGGACGCGCCGCGCCGCCCAGAGAUUUAUUAAUCCUUUCUCUCUCUCUCUCCUUUUUUUUUUUUUUUUUUUUUUUUGUAUUUUUUUCCCUUGCUGGGGCUCUUUUUGCCGGUGGAUUUGGGCUGCCCCCUGCCUCCUCUCCUGCCCGCGGAGGAGCCAGCCGAGGCGGCGGCGGCGGCGGGGGCUCCCCCCUUUUUCCCCCCCUUUUUUUUUAAAAAAAGAAAUUUAUUUUCGGGGCCGCCAUGGGAUGUACCCUGAGCGCCGAGGAGCGCGCCGCCCUGGAGCGGAGCAAGGCCAUCGAGAAGAACCUCAAGGAGGACGGGAUCAGCGCCGCCAAAGACGUGAAGCUGCUGCUGCUAGGGGCCGGGGAGUCGGGCAAGAGCACCAUCGUGAAGCAGAUGAAGAUCAUCCAUGAAGAUGGCUUCUCUGGAGAAGAUGUGAAGCAGUACAAGCCAGUGGUCUAUAGCAACACUAUUCAGUCACUGGCAGCUAUUGUACGUGCCAUGGAUACCUUGGGCAUCGAAUACGGCGACAAGGAACGACGGGCUGAUGCCAAGAUGGUCUGUGACGUGGUAAGUCGGAUGGAGGACACAGAGCCCUUCUCUCCAGAGCUGCUGUCAGCUAUGAUGAGACUCUGGGCAGACUCUGGGAUCCAAGAAUGCUUCAACCGGUCCCGGGAAUAUCAACUUAAUGACUCGGCCCAAUACUACCUAGACAGCUUAGAUCGAAUCGGAGCUGCAGACUACCAGCCCACGGAGCAGGAUAUCCUUCGAACCAGGGUCAAAACAACUGGCAUCGUAGAAACCCAUUUCACAUUCAAAAACCUCCACUUCAGGCUCUUUGAUGUCGGAGGCCAGCGGUCAGAGCGCAAAAAGUGGAUUCACUGCUUUGAGGACGUCACGGCGAUCAUUUUCUGUGUCGCGCUGAGUGGCUACGACCAGGUGCUCCAUGAAGACGAAACCACGAACCGCAUGCACGAAUCACUGAAGCUGUUUGACAGCAUUUGCAACAACAAAUGGUUCACAGAUACAUCUAUCAUCCUCUUUCUAAACAAGAAGGACAUAUUUGAGGAGAAAAUUAAGAAAUCGCCACUGACUAUCUGCUUUCCUGAAUAUACAGGCCCAAACUCUUUCACUGAGGCAGUGGCAUACAUCCAGGCUCAGUACGAGAGCAAGAACAAGUCCCCCAACAAGGAGAUCUACACGCACAUCACCUGCGCCACCGACACCAACAACAUCCAGUUCGUGUUCGACGCCGUCACGGACGUCAUCAUCGCCAACAACCUGCGGGGCUGCGGACUCUACUGAGCCCCGCUCAUCUCCCUCCUCUCCUCGCACACUCCAGGAACGCCCUCCGGUCCCGCGGACAGGUUCUCUUUCUUUCUUUUUUUUCCUCCUCAGAAGAUGAAGAAGAAAGACGUAACCCCCACUUUUUGCCCCAGAAGCCUUUGCAGCAAGUUCUGCUUUCCCCUGCCCUGUUUUUUUUUUUUUUUUUUUUUUGGUUGGUUGGUUUUUUGGGGUUUUGUUCAUUCCCACGUUGUCUCUUUCUAUUCCUCCAUUCCGAGAAGGCAGCCAGUUCACAGUGCUGUAGAGGGAACUAAUGCAGUUCCCACAAAGUGCAUUUCAGUUGCCAAAAAAACAAAAAUAUUUCAUUUAUAAAAGAAGAAAAAUUCAAAGCCUUAAAAUAUUUGCCAGCAACAGCGUAGUUUGGAACAGAAACUUUUUUUUCCUUAAAAUUAGGGGAUAUUUUUAAAUUCUAUUAUUUAUCUUUUUUUUUAAUUACUAUUACUUGUGGAAGUACUAGACAAACAUAAUCAUUUUGAGAGUACCGUAUGGCUCCAGUUCCUAUCCCCAAGCUGGAGGGGUCAGUGUUGAACACAGCCACAGCAGCCUGGAUUUGUAUGUUAAUCGUUUUUUUUUCAGACAGCUAUUUGAACAAGUAAAACAGCCAUAUGGAGUUUUGCUGGUGUCUCUAAGUAAGACAGACACAGUAACAAAAUCUACUAAGCAUUAUCUAAAAGCAUUCAUUACUGAUAACAGUUUUACCUCAAGUUUCCAAAAUUAAUGUUAAAGUACGUCUAGUGAGUUCAGUAACCCAUUUCUUACUCACGCCUGCCUUUACGCGCUUCACUCGAUCCCAUGGACCUACUGCACCGAGCGGGGUGGUUGCGAGAGCUUCAUUUUACCCGCUCCAGCGGGACAGGACCUCAGCAGCAGGGCUGGUCCGCGUGCCGCUGGGCACAGCCACAACGCCCCGGCGUGUCGCCGGCUGCGCGACUAAGUGGCCACGCUGCCCCGGGGGUUGCUGCUCCUAGCAUUUCUUUCCAAGCUUCAGCCCUUAAGAUGGCUGGGUGCACCAGAAAUCUUUAGCCAUGGCCUCUAGCAGUCAAGGUUGUUCAUUUAAUUAUCAAAAGCUCAGACAGGUGAUUUUGGAAAUUUUGUCAAGCUUAGGUGACAGCAGGGCACUUGGGAGCCUCUCAGCUCUUAUUUGCACCUUGGCCUUAGAUAAACGCCCAUAUAAACCUGGCCUUGCACUCCCAGUGUCCUCAGCCCGACCAGAGACAUGCCACUUGCCCAUGUUGCAUCUCAGCUGUGCAGUCAGAGGAGACGACGCUAGGUUUAGUGUCUCCAGUCAGGUCAUUUCUUUACCAGUAUCUAAAAUGAGGGGGAUGGUUUGUAGUCUGGCUAUUUAAUGGAAAGGGAAGACUCAGGGAACUGUUUUGAUCCAAGUGUUGGAAAUAGGAAGGAAAAGUGUAAGGAAGAGAGGGAUGGAAGAAAUGGUAGGAGGGAAAGGUGUGGAAAUGGCAAGAGUAACACCCAGCAGAACAAAACACGUAGGCACGGAGGAAGGAUAAACAAGAUUGGUUCAGGAUGGGAUGGGGUACCUGUGGCCAUCAACAGCCUGCUGUCCCCAAGAGUACCAAGUGCCAGUGGGACAGGGAUAGCUGGGGCGAAGGUGGAGAGGGAAUGUGAGCGGUUGGGAGUGCCCCUGCUGCCAUUGAGAACGUGGAGGAGCCUAUAAGGCUCCAUCUCAAAAGCUUGUUUUGUAGCUGCAGGAGACAGUCACCUCCAGGUCCUACUCUGCAUGGCAGCUGGGGGGCAGGUGGGCACCUGCUGAUCCCUCCCUCUUUACUAUGUUUCUUCAAGUUCCUGAUCCUGAAUGAUGUGAGCCUUACUGAGACAGCCACAAGUGGAGCUGUCCUCUCUUGGGAGCCAGGGAGAGGGGUUUCAUUCAGAUCUCACAAGGUCAGAGUUUUGUUCAGUGGCAUGUCCAAGAAGGUGAAUAUCUCUAUUUUCUUACUGUGCUCAUCAAAGAAAGGCAGCAUGAGAACAGGCCAGAGUAACACAGCACAAAGGCAAGAGGCCAGGCGAGCAUCAGUGGGUGAGAGUCAGUGAAAGAAAGAGGUAUGGUGGGAAGGGAUGGAGAGGACCGGAGCGGGGAAGUUGGGCAGUUUGGGACAGAAAUUGCAGAAGGGAGAUGAGUCAGGUUGAGGCAGCAGAGAGGAAGAAGAAAUGGGAAGAGAAGAGCCUGUGGGAGGCCGGAGGAGCCUCCCCAUCAGAGGUUUGGAUCUGCUAGGGAAAGCACUUGUGGGACAUCUGGGACAACCAGUGACGUAAGUCGGGAACACCCCAGGACAAACAGGGCACUGCCUUCAGAGAAAAACCAAGUGGCUGUCACCAGUCAAACCUGAUCAUUGGUCAGCAUGGUUUAUAGUUGUGUUAAUAAUCCCCAAAAUAGCGUUAAAUUAUAAAACAGUAUUUAGUAUUGUACAGUCAGGACUCACUGUUGCUCUGCUGGGCACUAACAGCAAUAACACCAAGUCUCUCUGCCUCGCUCUGCUCUGGCAGGAGGGAAUAAACCACUUUUCUUUUCACCAUCUCAGCCUUAAAAUACCUCCCAACAGUCAGCUUCCAUGGAGAGCUGGCUAGCAGCAAAGCUAGGAACCCCUCGCUGCUCCUUAAACCACAGGUUCCUACGUGCUCGCUGCACAUCUUGUUUCCCAGGCCCCAGCACAUCUAUCAGCUCCACUUCGUGCCAGCACACUCCACUGUACAACUUUAAACCAAAGGAAUAAUAAACACAAGGCCUCUGCACAAAAAUGGAUUUGUUUUAGCUUAUGAUUUUCAAAGUCAAUAGGAAGCAUGUGCCUAAUUCUCUUUGGCUCCUUAGAAAGUACCAGCCGCAUGACCCAACCUUGAAAAGAUUUAUAUGCAUGCCAAGAUAAAAAUCGAGGGAAUGACAGUAAAAUGCAACAAUUAGUUUGUUUUUGCAGGAAAAGGCAUUCAGGAGUUUGCAUAGAUAGACAGCACAAAAAAAAAAAAAGAAAGAAAGAAAGAAAGAAAAAGAAAGAGAGACACAUAUGACUCGGAUCUCUUCCUCAAUUUCCACUCAUUCCCAAAUCAAACUUUCUUUCUGCAUGUCCUCUGCUGACUUCAGAAGCUGUCUUACUCCAGAUGAAAGUUGUGCUGCUGUCUGAGGCUAUCUAAUUAGUUUGAUUAAUUGAUUGCAAAGCAAUUAAUUGCUUUGCUAUUCAGGACAAUAAAACAUUGCAAUUGGAUGAUGCUUCUGCCCCCAAAAGAGGCAGAACAUUAACCACUGGAGUGAUCCAGAACAACAAAAGAGAGAGUCCUGGAGUCUGGCCUUGUGCAGGUAUCUUGGCAGGCACUGGGAAACUGGUGUCACCCAUGACCCGCCACUUUUGGGUGAUGUAAAUUUGCACUGAUUAGGUUAAAAAGCUGAAUGCUACACAAUCCCUAUGUAACUACUAAACACAAAAUGAAAUACCAAAACUGUACACUGUAGAGCACUAAUGACUUACUCUAGCAGCAAAGCAGAUCUUUACUAAACUCUAUCAGAAGAAUUUGAUUGGUAGGUAGUACUAGGCACUAAAAGGUCUGAGAUUUUUUAGAUUUCCACUCCUUCUUGUGGGGGAAAUUUUAUUCUAUUUAGUAAGUAAGAGACACUGUUCCCAGUGAAGAUAGCAACAAGCCAAGACUCAUAGAGUGCGCAGGAAUCUUUUGGUGAUGUAAAUUUAAGUUACCUCAAAUGCAAACUCUUCUAAAUGCAGCUGUCUCACCAGUCCCAGCACUGUGCUCUUCCAGCAUUUGCUGAGCUGGAUUCAGGUGACCUGAGCUCUGAAAUGUGGCCUGGGAGGUCCAACCCCCUGUCCCGCCCCUGCCCACCUGCAGCUUUGGCAAAUUCCCUGGUCCCUCUGCUUCAGCUUCCUAGGGAAUAUUGGCUAUAAUCAAUGCCUGGUGUUCCACAGGGAUAAAAGGGAGACAAUAUUGACAUACUGAGCCUUUUCUUUCAUUUUCUUUGGCAUAUUGUAUGUCUAAAACUUCAUUUCAGCUGCUGCUGAUGACAUUCCCUCCCUCAUGUAAGUGUCGUGAGGAUUAACUGACAAAGCUUUGAAACAGGAUCUGAAAGAUGAAAUGCUUUGAGUGUUAAACACUACUAUUUUUCCCACUUGAUGGCCUUGUAUAGAUUUUUUGUCUCCAGAAAGCCUGCCAAAGUGUUACUCAUCUUUGGAAGCUUGCAUUCCUCCCAUGUCUUUUCUGACAGAUACGCCUUUUGCAGACAGUAUUUUGUCCAGGGCUUUUUCUUAUUCCUAAAUAAUGGCAAUCAUUGCAGGAAUUGCCUAGAAAGAAAACCUAGAAAUGCAUCCUACCUGUUCAAAAGUUCUCUUCUUAAUAACCCUUCAUGUUGUGAAAUUGUAACGUUCCAAAUCCAAAACACCGGGCCCCAGAAUUGUUUUUAGUUCACAGUCACCACGUAGCAGCAUGGUACAGUGGCAACAGAAGUCAUGCUGGGGCAUGGGCCACGUGUUUGAAAAGCACAAUGAUUCACGCAUUUGAAAGAGCUACAUAUACACCUUGCUGCCCUUCAAAGCUAAUGUGGAAAUUUGCACCUUUUUCGGAAAGCCUGCCAAUUGCUUGAGAGAUGUAGAGGUUUUUUAAUGAUGCGAAUCACUGGUUCAAAAGCAGCAUCCAAGGGGCAUCACACUAAAAGCAGCAUUAACCGCUCACAAUGAGCUUCAGACAGCAGCAGAAAGGAAGCAUGCAGAAAAAAAAGCCCUCCACUUGCCACAUCUGCAAUCUCUCUCAGAUGCCUGGAUCAAGGACACAUAAAAGCUACGCCGCUUUACAUCCGCUGAGAGCGUAGCCCUGAAUCUAGGGAAAUAUGCAAUUAGCUCAGCGGUGUCUUUUCCAUGAAAAGGGAUUUCAAGUUGGGGGAGGUUUGUGCUAAGUGGAAUAUCUUGUGAAGUAUUCCCAGAGCUCUGAAUGGCCUCCGGAGAGGAAACUCUUUAAUCAGGUGUAUUAGUUAGAUGCUAAAAUCAGACAUUGCAAAUAGCUCCCUUAUUUAAAGAACAAUUUAAAUAAAACAUAGAAGUCUGCAGAUGAGUUUUAGGCUGGUGCAGCUGCAUGCCAAGCACCUGAGCGCACACGCUCCUCGCGUAGGGAGGUGCUGCUCCUUGGGAAGAUGCAAGAGCUGGGCUCAUUACGAGAACUAGCAACGAACACGCAACCAGGAAAAACACAUUAAAAUACACAGAUUUCCAAGGCCAGUUUGUCUCUAGCAAGCAGAGUUCGCGCUCUCACUUUCCAAUAUGGCCCGAGGAGCCCAGUCUAGAGUCGGGGAAGCAUGAAAGAUCCGCAAGGCCAUCUGGCCUGUCCGUCUGCUAGCACAGGACAGCUCCCUACUGCCUCUUCCCCAGUGCAGUGUCCGAUGAAUGUGACACUGGUUAGGUAGCUUUCCACUACCUCCCUCUGAAAAACUCUUCCCACUCUCUCUCUCUUUUUUGCAUGAUAAUUAGCUUUUUCCCAGUUUUCCUCCCAUCACCUCUCUGGACAGGUUCAGAUUGUGGUCACCUUUGGUCGAGACUCAGCUGAUAAUAUCACCAGCUUUCCCAGGCAGGCAUAAGCACACAGGGCCAAGCUCAGCUUGAUGGUGGCACACACUGUGCUUAGCACCCAGCUGGCCACCUAGUACCUCCGCCGGAGGAGAACAGCCUCAUGAGAGAAGGCUAUAGUAUCUCCUCAGUCAAUAGGAUUUUGUUUUAAAGGACACUGAAAGCCUGUUACUCGCAGAGGUUAAUAACCUAAGAGCUGAUUCACCCUCUGGACUCAGAGAAGGUGCCUUUCUUCAUCUACAUCACUUGCAAGUGAGUUUACAAUUUUCUGAGUUGCCUGAAGUUAGUCAGGGGGAAUUCACAUCUUAGAAAAUACCCAAAUAAGCAGAGAGCUGCAGUCUGCUACAGAAAAUCAAUUCUGCACAGUAGUAAAGCAUUAUUAGGAGCAGUCUAUAAUGUUCUGUACAAUAAAAUCUAUCUGGCAUAUUUAAGCUAUGAUAGUAUAAAUAAGUCUAUUGCUUGCCUGCAAGUUAACAGGCUGUUUUCAGGCCAGGAAUCCAAUCUCCAUGUAAAGUGAGAGGUUAGAAUUGGAUGUACAGAUGUCCUUUUGCCAACAAAUCCCAAUUGGUCCAGACUAUACUACAUAAUUUAAAGCAUCAGACAGUCCCUCCAAGUGCAGCACGUUCCCUGUAGUUCUGCACAGGACAAGAUGUCCAGCUCAACCAUGGGAUGGCAGAAAUCACCAGCUGGGACUUAUGCAGUGGAUGCUGUUAACCUUACAACCUAGUCUAGGAGACGGGUCAGAACGCUCUGUGGCCGAAGUGCCUCCUACUGAAGCCAGUGAGAUAUUUGUCAUCGACUUCUUGGGAGCAAGGCUGACCAUUAAUCCAGUUAACUAGAGAAGCUUAGUACUAGUAUGUCUAUGUCCGUAGGCCAGCCAGUACGACAUCAGGCUUACAACCAGUAUUUCUAUGACCGUUUCUAAAUUUUCUAAAAUACUCUUUAAAGAUGAGGUGCUUGGAAGUGUUGAGAUCAAUAGCGAUACUGCUAGUGAACAUCAUCCUGAAUCGAGCUUUGAGAGAGACCCAAACCCGCCACAUGCUCGCAGUGCCACCUGACCGGCACAGCCCAACGCACGCGUUUCCUAACAAGAAAGUUGAGACGUGGUCCACUCUACCCAAAAGUAUGGGCCAUGUUCUGGCUGCUAUUUCAUUUCUCCUGAGGAAAGAGCAGACAGAAACACUCGCCCAAGAUACCCAGAGAUGCGAGGGUACAUUAUAGCUUCCAAGCUCUUGUAAUGAUACGCUAUAAUUGAUGUUGACAGAUAUAGGUACGUGACCUAUAUAAGAGAUUGUGCUGAGAGCAUGGUUAGAAAAAAUGACUUCUCAUAGGAACACUUGUGCCCAAACCAGCAGCCUGUGAACUCCCUGGAGAGAGCUUUAUUCAUGCUGUAAAGUAUAGCGAACACAGGCAAGCUACGGAGAGCGCUCCUCUCUUGAAAGCUGAUGUGAUAAUAACAGGGUGAGGAAGGAAACCUCCCUGCUGACACCCGGCAGGUCGGAGGGCAGGGGAGGAAACCAGCACCCGUGGGAAUGGGAAGGCUGGUCCUUUGCCUGAUCCUUCUGUAGCAGCAGGAGAGGGCUGUGGUUUGCAGUGUUGCCCUGCAAAUUCCCCUUCCUCCCCGAAAAGUCAGGAAUCACAGACACAUUGGAUAACUUGGCAGUUCCCGGCAGAGGGAAGAGGGAGACGGAGACAGGAGGUAGCGGGCUGGGAAGCAAGCCGGGCGUUUGCUGCCACAGCCCCUCUCCCACACCCGUGCCUUUCGAGGUUAGCUCAGCGACCAAAACCUAACUGCCUGGUGAUGCUGGCAAGUGACUGUGUCAAAAUCAAGAUCGCGGCAAUGAUUUUCACUACUGCCCAGGAGUAACCAGCUUGUCCAGUGCUGGAGCAAUUCAAUGGCACUGACAGCCUGGAGAGCUCGCGGGGCUUUGCACUUCCCCAUCGCAGCCCCAACCAGCCUCAGGGCUGCGUCACCCCUCGCGUUUUCUAGGGGCUCCCGUUUUUCAGGGCUGUCCCCCAGCGUGGGAGCAGCACGCGGGGCUGGCUCCCAGCACGGCGCCUCCCUGCACAGCCCCGCGCCAGCCCGCAGGCUGCUGCUGCCCCCCAAACAGCUUCGUCCCCUUCCGCUGAAGCCUCCAGUCCAUUCCAAAAGCAAAUAAGGCUGCUUAAAGACAGGCUGCUACCCCGUUAGACAGCCCCUUCCCCAGUUUAGCAUCCUCCUCUCUACACUUCUCUCCCCCGCUCCGCCAGCCAGGCCUUUGCUUGCAGCAAGGUCACAGCCGCGUUCCCCCACCUCCGUUUCACCCUUCAGCUCGACACAGGAACAGGGACUCGCACCGCGAGCCGCUCUCAGCGGGCUCCAGUGAGCCGCCGGCCCUCUUCCACCCUCCUCGCUCUCCUCCUCUGCCAUGUCUCCACCACCGAUUUCUUUUCAAAGGAUCGCCGGAGUCCGCCACGAUUUUUUUCUUGUGCCAGUUUCUCGCUGUGAAUCAUUUCUCCUGCAUGUUUGAUGGCCCAAACUGUAUUAACUGUAAUUUUGUACGAAGAGUGACUGUCCAUUGGUUUAAUAGAAUGUUAGUUAUUGUAAUAAUUUAUUGGCUGUCAGUAAUGUAUUUAUUAGUUACAAAAAUGUUAAUAAAGUGCCAGCUCUUU